AUGUGGCGUUCUGCCGCCUGUGGCGCUGCCGUGGCAGCUGGCACCAUCAUCCUCGCUCAGAGGUGGUCGCGGCGGCGGUGCGAGGACGCCGAGGACGCCGCCUUCGAAGGCGUGCUGCGGUUCUGGUUUGAGGGCGACGGCACCUCCGACCUGUACGCCACGCGUUGGUUCGUGCCGCCUGGGUCUGCGGCUCUGCAUCGCCUCGACGAGGAGGUGCGCGCACGCUUCGGCGCUACGCUCGGGCGGGCCGAGCGGGGCGAGCUGGACCACUGGGCGGCUUCGGCACGCGGCUGCCUCGCGCUCGUCCUCCUCCUCGAUCAGCUCUCGCGCCACGCGCACCGAGGCGACGGCGGCGCGGUCCUCGCAAACGAUGCGCGCGCGCUCGUGCUGGCCGAGCGGCUCCUCGCUCGCGGGUGGCACACGCAGCUGCGGGCGGCCGAGCUCGUCUUUGCUCUGAUGCCGCUCCGCCACUCGCCGACCGCCGAGCGGCUGGAGCAGGCGAUGGACCUGACUGGCGCGGCGCUCCGCACGCGCGAGGCGGAGGCGGCGACGCUCGCGCGCUUCCGCCGCGCGACCGAGCUGCGGCUGCAGCACCUGCAGGGCGACGGCGACCCGCACGACAUCCUCGAGAGGGACGACCGCGAGGCGGCCCUCGACCAGACCGGCGCCGCCUCGGAGCCGCUCGCCGCCACCGUCGAGCGCUUCCUCCGCGACACCGCCUUCUGCGAUGCGGACGGGACGCCGCCGCCGCCGCCCCCGUCUGCGCAGACAGACAGCGGUGACCGGGUGGUCUCGGCAGCCAAGCGCUGCGAGGCGGAACGACCCAGAGACGGAGCCGGCGGCGCGGCUGCCGAUGCCGCGGCUGCCGAUGCCACCCGCGCGGCGCGGGACGACGAGGCGCUCAUCGUCUCGCUCUCGGGGGGCGUGGACUCGAUGGUGCUCGCGCACGUGCUGCUGCGGCUGCAGCCGCGCCACCGGCGGCGCGUCUGCGCGGUGCACAUCGACUACACGAACCGCGCCGAGAGCGGCGCCGAGGCGGCCUUCCUGCAGCGGUGGUGUGCGGCGCGCGGCGUGCCGCUGCGCGUGCGCACGGUGGAGGAGGUGCGGCGCGGCGCCACCUCGCGAGACGAGUACGAGAAGGUGAGCCGCGCGGUCCGCUUCGACGCGUACCGGCAGGCGCUGGCUCAGUUCGGCGGCCGCGCCGUCCUGUUUGGGCACCACCUGGGCGACGUGCACGAGAACGUCAUCUCGAACGUGAUGAAGGGCGCCUCGCUGCUCAACAUCGCGGGCAUCUCCACCGCCUCGGCCGUCAACGGCGUCCUCAUCUGGCGCCCGAUGCUGCCGCACCCAAAGUCGCUCCUCUACGACUACGCGCACCGGUACGGCGUCCCCUACUUCAAGGACAGCACGCCCGGCUGGUCGACGCGCGGCAGGCUGCGCAACCAGCUGCAGCCGCUGCUCGCAGAGGUGUACGGCGAGGGGUACAGCACGCACCUCUCCGCCCUCGCGCGCGACUCGGCCCUCUGCAGCGAGCUGAUCGACUCGCAGCUGUACGCGCCCUUCCGGAGCAGCCUCCGCCGCUCGCCGCUCGCCGUCUGGUUCGACGCGGCGGGGCGCGCGGCCCUGCCGCUCUUCUUCUGGCGCGAGGCGCUGCGGCACGUGUGCGAGAAGGAGCUCGGCAUCGGCCUCGUCGGCGAAAAGGCGGUGCUGCAGCUCCUCGAGCGGCUGCGCGCGCCGCGCGUGCGGGAGGGGUGGCUCGCGCUCCGCAAGGAGAGCCGCGUGCUGCUCGCGGCAGGCACUCUCGCCUUCCUCCGCCCGAGCGUCUUCCCAGGCGCGCGAAGAGGACGAGGCCUUAUCGGGCCGGGCGAGGCGGUGCCGGCGCCGCCCGCCGACGCGGUUAGGGGUCCGACGAUCAGCUUUGGGCCAUGGCGGGUGCGCAUCACGCGCUGCGCGCAGGGCUCGUCCCUCGGUCCCGGCGCAGACACGAGCGACGUGGCGCGGCCCGCCGCGGCUCUGGGCCUAUGGGAGGUGCUCUCGGGGCGAUUCGCAUACGUGCUUCCCGUGCACGAACGGUACGCUAUUGGCUCGACUGACCGAGUCGUAGUGCCGGCGCUUCGCGCGCUCGGCAAGGCUUGGCAGGCUCUCGUACUCGCCACGCCGCAAGUGGUCGGCUGCGGCGCCGAGAUGGGUGGGCGGGCGGCAGUCACUGUUGAGGUUUGGUUCGUUGCACCGGAGCGAGCCUGA